AUAUUUAAUGACGAAUCCAAGCGCAUGCGCCCAUGAGCAGUGAGUUUCGUAGUGAUGUAGUGGUGUAGUGCUAACGGAUGUAGUGAUGUAGCGGACGAAACGUAACGUUGUGAGGCUGAAAAUGUUUCGUUCCAUUAUGCUUGCUCACAACGCGUCUCAGGGAUUAGCGUCCCUGGUACGCAGCAAUGUGGCAGCAGUGUCAAGAUGCACAGCUGCUACAUCCAAAAUCCAGGACAAGCACAUGGCUACAGACUCAGCUGUAGAUAAGGCAAAGGCUCCGCUGCCGGAGAAGCCUAAGGCUCAGCCCUACAGUCCCUUUCAAAAUACCAGUAACAAGGCCGAGUAUGCCUUGGCUAGACUAGACGACCUGUUAAAUUGGGGUCGUAAGGGAUCAAUAUGGCCGAUGACCUUUGGUUUAGCUUGCUGCGCUGUUGAGAUGAUGCACAUAGCAGCACCCAGAUACGACAUGGACAGGUUUGGCGUUGUGUUCCGUGCCUCGCCUCGGCAGUCGGAUGUUAUCAUAGUCGCUGGUACCUUGACAAAUAAGAUGGCACCUGCUUUGAGGAAGAUAUACGAUCAAAUGAUGGAACCGAGAUGGGUCAUAUCCAUGGGUAGUUGCGCGAAUGGUGGUGGAUACUAUCAUUACAGUUAUUCUGUGGUCAGAGGCUGCGAUCGGAUUAUACCCGUGGACAUUUACGUACCUGGUUGUCCCCCCACGGCUGAAGCACUCUUGUAUGGUGUCCUUCAGCUGCAGAAGAAGAUAAAAAGUAUGAAGACUACACAAAUUUGGUACAGGAAGUAAGAAUAUUGGACCGUAGUAUUUAAAUAGAAAUUAUUUUAUGAUUAUGAUAACAUAAGUGAAAACUAGAAGAAUCUGAUCAUGUGAUAGAUGAAAUAAAUCACAUCAAUAAAAAC